CUUUUUUAUACGGCAUCAAUACCGUCUGCAGGAGAAAAAGAUUACCGCAACUUUUUCAAUACCACUUCGCGUCAGACUUGGAGAAAGCCACAGAGAGCUGAUGGACAAUGCACAGGAAGAACACUACGAUGGUGCAGCAGAGGAAGAAUCCGACCAGUAUAGCUGGCUUGCUGGUGCAUUUGUUGGAGGGUUUUUAAUUCUUACGAUGGUCAUAAUAAUAGGCAUUAUAAUACGGAAGUAUGUUAAAAACAAAAACACAUCAAAUGACCAAAACUGGGCAGGUCCAUCCCCAUUGGCAGACGGAAAUAUUCAGGAAGUCGGAAACUGUAUGAACAUCAGAAGUAUGUCCCUCUCACACAUCAGCCUAUCACCAAUAAUAAGUAAUGAACAAGAGGUUGACAAAAUGGGUCGGGAUAUGCAACAAGGUCAGCAGAAGGAAGCAAAUGGGGAAAAAAUAAAAGCAACCUUAGCUAUUAACAUACCAACUGUACCGGAUGCACCAGGGUUCAAAACGUAUUCACAAAUGAUUGGCUUAAAUGAUGAGACAUUGCCACCACCUCCACUCGAUCUUUCUCAGGAAUCUCCACUGCCUUCACCACCUGGUGCAUUCCCUGAACAAGCUUUAAAAGACAACCCCCUACAACCAUUUAAUGAAAUUAAUUUCUAUCGGCAAGGGGAAAACGGUACUCAAGAGCCACUAAACCUCCAAAUAAGUGAUAUGGAUGCGGAGAACAUUACAAAUAAAAUGGAAGACCAUCUUCUGCCACCACCUCCACCAGACUUCUGAUGUAAAGUGGUUCCAAAAUAUGCAAGGAUGGGCUAUCGCACACCCUCUCCAGGACUCCUGAUUAUUUUAUGUUCUGUACAAAAUAUUAUCUGCCCCUGCCCCUUGAAGUGCUCGUGCUCUAUGAAAACCAGAAAUGUAGACUGUUCUGGCAGAAGUCUGACUGCAUUGCCACAUGGACUGCAAGACAAUAUCACGCAGCUAAACUUGUCUCACAAUCACUUCUCCAAUUUAGACCACCAAUUGACUCUGUUCACCAAUUUAAGGUCACUAGACCUCUCGCACAACUGGCUCAAGAGCCUGCCUUCUCACUUGCCAAGAUCUCUAUGGGAAGUGUAUGCCACAGACAACAACAUAACAGUGCUUCAUAAGCUGGACACGGCUUACCAGUGGAAUCUGAAGGUGCUAGACGUCUCCAGGAACAGCCUGCAGAGGACAGUCUUCAUUAACAAUACACUCAUUAGUCUGCAGAUGCUGAACCUCAGCCACAAUCAACUCUGGACUGUUCCUACCAACAUGCCAAGCAACGUCCUAACCAUAGAUUUAUCCCAUAACUUUAUCACUCAGAUCCUACCUGGAACCCUGGUGAGAAUGCCUAAACUCCAAACCUUAUACCUGCACAAUAACAGGUUCAGCUACAUACCAAACAAUGCUUUCGACCACAUUUUUCAUAUAAAAGAGAUCACUCUAAACGAUAAUCCAUGGUCCUGCAAGGACUCAGUAAACAUGGACUAUCUAAUAAAGUGGGUGGCUGCAAGGAAAAAUGUCAACCCUUGUGGAAAUGACACCAAGAACCAGAACAUUGAAGUCCUUUUAACCCCAUACGAAGCAACACAAACGGCAACUCCAGAUGACAACCCGUUAAGUACUACAAUUUAUUCUCAUUUUCUAGAGGUUCAAGAAAUAAAACUGUACAAGAAGGUACAAUUCUCUGAGGCUCUACCUACAACCCCACUCCUCACCACCGAGCACAUUUUGCUUGCAAGCACAGAAGAUUCACAGUUCACAGAUGAAGGCUCUACAGAUGGAAUGAUCCAUUUAGAUUUCAACAACUUUGGAAAAGAAAUAGACACUUUCAUAAGCUCAAAUGAAGUAGAGGAAAGUGAAAUGAACAGCCCCACCGUGAUCCUGAACACUGAUAAUGGUAUAUCAGAGGUGAUCCUGAACAGUGAUCAUGAUGGAUCAAACAAUGGUCCAGGGGCGGCCAUGCCAAGCACAACCGUAUCUGUAGACAUACAACAUACAACUGUUAACCUCAACUCUGCACCUUCCUCUGCAGCCCAGAAAGCUGCAUUCUUUACAGUUCCCUUUCUAUUCAUUCCUCUCACACUUAGGAUAGUAUAAAAGCAUGGUCUAAACAGGGUAAGGUAAGAAGAACACACGUUUUUCACAUGAGCCUGGCACAAAGUUUAGCAUUCUAGCAUCCAACUCAAAGAUGUCAAAUUUGUACUACCAGCUUUGCUUGAAAACUGAAUCAGACGAUGAAUGUCAAUGCACCAAACCGAUGAAUGCUGCCGAUGUUAUGCAUAUCUGUACAAAAAAUGAUUCAGAACGAUUUUAAUAAACUUCAUUUGAAUGUCA